UAUAAUUAAAUAUUAAUCCAAUAAAAAUUUUAAUUAUAUAAUUAAAAUAUAAUAUUGAGUUAUUUUAAUAAUGAAUAUAGUGUACAGAGAACUUUUCAAAAAUUUAUGAAAAUGUUUAAGCCCGCAUCGCGGGCAAAAACACCUAGUUUUCUUUAUUUGAUGGCAAGCUCGACGUUCUUGUAAGUAAAAUUUAAAGUCAAGAGAUAACUUUAAAAAACUUGGAAAGCAAUUUUCUAAGUCUUUUGUCGUAUGUAAAUUAUCUAAACGUAUUCUAUACGUUUAUAAAAAUCCUAGAGAAUGUAGAAAAGGAUGGAAUGAUAUAGGGAGUUAAUCUCAGCUGUUAAAUCGGCUAAAAUCCCACCAUUGUUGGUGAUAAAGUUCUUAAAGCAUAUAACUAAAUUACACUUCUACCACACAUACAAACUCACCCCAUUAGUGCAGACCUAUUUUUUCCUUUUCUUUUUUUUGAUAAGUAAAUAUUCACGCUUAUUGAUCCACAUUCACUGUAUAUAUAAUGUCGAAUUUCCAGUCAUUGCAAAUCACAUGCAUAGCACACAUAAAAUGGAAAAAAAAAAUGGAGUCUUCAAGGUAUGACUGCUCUAGUAACCGGUGGAGGCAGAGGAAUCGGGUAUGCCAUAGUAGAGGAGUUGGGUGGUUUUGGAGCUAAAAUCUAUGUAUGUGACAUAUCCGAGACUUUGCUCAAUAAAAGUUUAAGCGAAUGGGAAAAGAAAGGGUUUCAAGUGAGUGGUUCAGUCUGUGAUGUAACUUCUCGACCCGAGAGAGAAACUUUGAUGCAAAAGGUCUCCACCCUAUUCAAUGGCAAGCUCAAUAUUUUUGUGAACAAUGUGGGUGGAGUUCGUUCAAAGCCAAUGACAGAAUAUGAUGCAGGCGAUUUUGAUUUCCAUAUCGCAACAAACUUGGAACAUGCUUUCCAUUUUUGCCAACUUUCACAUCCUCUCCUAAAGGCUUCAGGUUAUGGAAGUAUUAUCUUCAUUUCCUCUGUCGCCGGGGUUGUAUCAAUUGAAUCUGGAUCUAUUUGUAGUCUAGCGAAAGGAGCUCUGAACCAGCUAGCAAAAAAUUUGGCAUGUGAAUGGGCAAAAGAUGGCAUAAGGGCCAACGCUGUUGCUCCUAAUGUUAUCAAGACCCCCUCUGUCUCAACCUUAUCUAGAUGACGUCAGAUUCAAGAAGGGAUUGUUUGGUAGAACUCCACUUGGUCGCGCUGGUGGGCCAAACGAAGUUGCAUCACUAGCCGUCUUCUUGUGUCUACCUGCAGCUUCCUACAUCACAGGUCAAACCAUUUGUGUUGAUGGAGGCCUCACGGUUAACGGUUUCUCCUAUCAACCGCAUGCUUAAGAAAUAGCCUUGUUUCGUUUUUCUUUUUUCUUUAAACUCUUACAGUAUUAUCUAUAAUAAAAUUUCUCACGCGACGAA